UUUUUGAAUCUAAAUAAAUAUUUAAAACUUUAUGGAGUCAGGAAGAGCCAUCCAACUUAUUAGUGUUGAUCCAGAUACUGGAAAGUUCCAAAUCGAAGAUGAAGCCAUACAGGUCUUAACCGGUGGUAGUUCUAAUCUUAGUCUCAAUCAUUCGAACAAUGGGCUUCCGAAUAGCGACAAUUUAGAAGAGAAUGAAAACAAAAUCGCUAUUGUCGGCAUUGCUGGUAAGUAUCGGACUGGUAAAUCGCUUCUGAUGAACCUGCUGAGCGGCAACACCGAGAAUAACUUUGAAGUGAGUGCAAGCGUCAAAGCCUGCACCAGAGGCAUCUGGAUAUACAGCGAACCUAUAACAAUUAAAUAAGGAAGAUGACCAAAUUAUUGAUGUGUAUGUCAUGGACUCUGAAGGACUCGGAGGCGUCGACAAAGACCAGAACUACGAUGUCCAAACUUUCACCCUGGCGAUGCUUCUGUCUUCCUUCUUCAUUUACAAUUCGACUGGAGUCAUUGAUGAAAAUGCGCUCAACUCGCUGAGUCUGGUAACUAUUCUGGCUCAGCGGAUCCAGAACCUCGAAGACGAAGAAGAUGUGGUCCAUCUGAUCAACCACUUUCCUACAUUCUUGUGGGUGCUCAGAGACUUUGUGCUUGAUCUCCGAGAUGACGAAGGAAACGAAAUCACCCCAGACCAGUACCUGGAGUAUGUGUUAGAAGAGACAGAUCGAGAGCCUGAAGGCCAUAACGAAGUCAGAGGGACCAUCAAAAGGUUCUUUCCUGAAAGAUAUUGCGCCACUCUCAUCAGGCCAAGCGACGACGAGAGAGACCUCCAAAAUUUGAGAAGCGACCCUGACUUGUUAAAACCAGAGUUUGUUGACCAAAUCAACGACCUCAGGAACUUCAUCCUGAACCAAAUCCAAGUCAAAGCAAUCGGAGACAUCGGGCUGACUGGCACUGACUACGUGUCCGUGGUAAUGAAGUACGUAGAAGCCAUCAACUCAGGAGUCAUCCCAAAAAUUGAAGACUCCUGGGUUGCAGUCGUUGAAAACCAAUUGUCAAACGGAUAUUCUAAAGGCCUCAAAGUUUAUGAAGAAGACAUGAGGAAGUUUGAAGCUGAAUACAUUCCGUGUAACGAAGACGAGUUGUCGAAGGCUCACAAAGGAAUCAUGCAGGCAGCCAUCGAGAUAUUCCUUGAAAUCACAAAGGACUUCGAUAACCAAGAGAAGCAGGAAGCAUACGACACGCUGCAAGAAAACAUCGAGCAGAUCUACGAAGCUUACAGAAAAGCCAACAACGAAGAAAACGAAGAAAAGCUGACUGAACUCAUCAAUGCAAUGUACAGAGAGCGAAUCCUCGGCAAAGACUUCACUUCCAUCGACCAGUACAUGAAAGCCUGGGGUGAGUUCCAGGACGCCUUCUUGCUGCAAGGUGGCAACCUCGAGAAGUUCUCGGCUCAGUCAUGAUACAAGAUCUGGUGAGAGUUUAGCCAAGACAAGAUCAGAGAUGGAUGAUCCAAGAUGGAAAGGAAAGUCACCAUGAAGAGUGGCCUCAAAGAGAAACAGAUGGAAGUUGAAAUUGACAAAUACAAAACCAUGAUGGAAGUCAAGCAAACUGACCCAAGAGAACUCGAGAAACUCGAAAGUGAAAUCCACUUUUUGAGAGAAGAAACCCGGAAGUACCAGAAAAUUGAAAAAGAUCUUAAAGACGAAGUGAUCGCAUGCAGAGAAUUACUCGACUCGAAAGACGAAGAGAUCGACACUUUGAACGAGAAACUAACGAACAUGAGGAGGCAGAGGGAUAAGUUUGAGCCACCGGCUAUAAGUCUCGAAGGCAAAGAGCCUACAAAGAGCAGAUGGUUCUGUAUGUUCUAAUCAUAUCUUCUCGCUAACCAAUCCUCACCCUUAAUUCCAUUAGAUAAAGCUCUCCAA